UAGAUUAGGGUUCAGAAGGUUCACCGGCCCCGCGGCAGCAGGCGCGCCCGGCGGCGUGGACAGGGUGGAAGAGGUCUGUGUCCAGGAGAGAGGAGCGCCAACGUCCGGUUCUGGGGCCCCGUUUGCGACGCGCCCGACAGCUCAGCCCGAGCCCGGAGCGCCGUCAUGGGCCCGGGGCCCCCGGCGAACGGAGCGGGGGCGCCCCCGCGGCCGCUGUCCUUGACGGCUCGACUGAGCUACGCCGUGGGCCACUUCCUCAACGACCUGUGUGCGUCCAUGUGGUUCACCUACCUGCUGCUCUACCUGCACUCAGUGCGCGCCUACAGCUCACGCGGCGCUGGCGUCCUGCUACUGCUUGGUCAGGUGGCCGACGGACUCUGCACGCCCCUCGUGGGCUACGAGGCCGACCGUGCCGCUGGCUGCUGCGCGCGCUACGGGCCGCGCAAGGCCUGGCACCUGGUUGGCACCACCUGCGUCCUGCUCUCCUUCCCCUUCAUCUUCAGCCCCUGCCUGGGCUGCGGGGCGGCCACGCCUGAGUGGGCUGCCCUCCUCUACUACGGGCCUUUCAUUGUCAUCUUCCAGUUUGGCUGGGCUGCUACGCAGAUUGCCCACCUCAGCCUUAUCCCUGAGCUCGUCACCAAUGACCAUGAGAAGGUGGAGCUCACGGCUCUCAGGUACGCCUUCACUGUGGUGGCCAACAUCACCGUCUAUGGUGCUGCCUGGCUCCUGCUCCACCUGCAGACCUCUCCACAUAUGGGGCACAUGCAGGAUGUCAGUGACCAGCUGGGGGUGCAAGAUGUGCCAGUGUUUCGGAACCUCUCCCUGUUGGUGGUGGGCAUUGGAGCCAUCUUCUCACUGCUGUUUCACCUGGGCACCAGGGAAGGGCCCCGGCAGCUGGCAGAGGAGCCAGAUGAACACAGCCCCCUGCUGGCCCCCACCACAGCCCGCACCUUGCUGCUCUGGAAAGACUGGCUCCGGCAGCCGGCCUUUUACCAGCUCGGAGCUCUGCUGCAGGGCCUGCGUGGGCUUCUACCACUGGGUGAUGGUGGCUGUGACAGGUGGCGUAGGCGUGGCCGCCACCCUCUCUUUGUGCAGUCUUCUCAUCUGGCCGAUCCGUCUGCGGAGCUGAGCCCCUGGAGUCCAACCCUGACAUCCCCCUGUGGCCUCCUGCCCUACGCCAAUGAGCUGCAACUGUGCACAUUCCAUCCCCUGCUCCCACGGUCCCCAACCCUCCCCUUCCUUGCCUGGCUGCAGGGACGGUGGGUGAGGACAGGAUGGGCUGGGCCCCAGCGGCUCGUCUGUGCUGGGCUGAGACACCUAGCCCGGCCCUCUGGUAUCCAGGGGCCUGUGGGUCCUCAUGGGCUUGGGGGUACCCAAGCCAAACUCUAAUGGAUGACUCGGGGUGCCCUAAGUUGCAUGGGGGCAGGUUGUGAAGGUCCUGGGGCCCAGGGCCUGCCCCAAGCUCAGCCCCAGCUCCACCUCACCGCUGGCAUAGCUGGGGUCCCCAGGGCGCCGCUGACAGUGAAUAAAGGGCCGCUCACGGUGAGGAUGGGCCUCGGCUGCCCGCCUGGCUCCGGAAUGGAGAGCAGCAGGGGCCCCUGCCCUGGCCCUCGGGCUGGAACUCCCUUUACCUGACUGAUCAGUGCCCCGGUCCCCAGAUGUGGACAGACACCCAGGGAAAGGUGCAGUGUCCCCACAGAGGGACACUCUUUAUCAGACAGCAGAUGUGUAGAUGGGUUGGGUCUGCUGG